AUGGUCAUCAAUGUCUUCAAAUCAAUGCAACACCCCCCUGAACAAGAAAACUACAUGAAGGUGGAUAUGAUAGAAAGUUUGGUGGAGGAAAUGUUAGAAGCCACUUGUCAUAAGCAACAGGAAGAGAAAGUAGUAGAAAUUUCCAGUGAAGACAAGGAGAAAGAGAAGCCAAAACAGGAGUUGAAGCCUCUCCCCCCUUACCUCAAAUAUGUGUUCCUGGGAGAAGAAGAGACCCUACCAGUGAUCAUUAACUCCUCCUUAAAUAUGGAAGAAGAGACAAGGCUGAUUAAAGUGUUGAAAGCCCACAAAACAGCCUUGGGUUGGACAAUUAAGGAUAUCAAAGGCAUUAGCCCAGCCAUUUGUAUGCAUAAAAUUUUGUUGGAAGAAGAAUCAAAGCCUAUGGUUCAACCCCAAAGAAGACUCAACCCAACCAUGAAGGAGGUGGUUCAAAAAGAAGUCAUAAAGUUAUGGAAUGCUGGAAUAAUUUUUCCAAUCUUUGACAGCUCAUGGGUGAGCCCGGUUCAAGUUGUACCAAAAAAGGGAGGAAUGACGGUCAUCACCAAUGAGAAGAAUGAGUUGAUCCCUACUAGAACAGUGACUGGGUGGAGGAUGUGCAUAGACUAUAGAAGAUUGAAUGAUGCCACAAGGAAAGAUCAUUUUCCUCUCCCAUUCAUUGAUCAGAUGCUGGAAAGAUUGGCCGACCAUGCCUAUUAUUGCUUCUUGGAUGGGCAUUCCGGGUACAAUCAAAUCGUGGUGGACCCCAAGGACCAAGAAAAGACUGCCUUCACAUGUCCAUUUGGAGUUUUUGCAUACAGGAGGAUGCCCUUUGGGCUAUGCAACGCCCUAGCCACAUUUCAGAGGUGGAUAGUUCUUGGAUAUAAAGUAUCAUACAAGGGUAUAGAAGUUGAUAAAGCCAAAAUAGAAAUUAUUGAAAAACUUCCUAUACCCGUUAAUGUGAAAGCAGUAAGGAGUUUUCUUGGGCAUGCGGGUUUCUAUAGAAGGUUCAUCAAAGAUUUCUCAAAAAUAGCAAAGCCAUUGAGCAAUUUGCUAGUGAUUGACAACCCUUUCAUCAUUGAUAGCAACUGUAAGCAUGCCUUUGAAACCUUAAAGAGAAAACUCAUCACAGCACCAAUCAUCACACCCCCUGAUUGGAACUUGCCUUUUGAACUUAUGUGUGAUGCAAGUGACCUUGCUAUUGGUGCUGUGCUAGGACAAAAGAAAAACAAGUUGCACCAUGUCAUAUAUUAUGCCAGCAAAGUGUUAAAUGAAACACAGAAAAAUUAUACCACCACUGAAAAGGAGCUUUUAGCAAUUGAUUCAAAACCAAGGCUUAUUAGGUGGGUGCUGCUGCUACAAGAAUUUGAUAUUGAAAUAACAGAUAGGAAGGAAAGUGAGAAUCAAGUAGCAGGUCAUUUAUCAAGAGUGCCACAAGAAGCCAAUCAAGACAAACCACAGCAAGUAAAUGAGAAUUUCCCUGAUGAACACCUUUUCCAAGUUCAACAAGCACCUUGGUUUGCUGACAUAGCAAAUUAUAAAGUUGGAAGAAAGAUUCCCAAGAAAUUCACCAAGCAACAAAUCAAGAAGCUACUCAAUGAAGCAAAGAAAUUUCUAUGGGACGAACCAUUCUUAUUCAGACGGUGUUCAGAUGGAGUGAUAAGGAAAUGUGUCCUGGAAGGUGAAAUGAGCAACAUUCUGUGGCACUGUCACGGUUCAGCUUAUGGAGGGCAUUUUGGGCCCGAAAGAACAGCAGCCAAGGCUGGAGGUUUGACAAGAAGGAAUGAGAUGCCUCAAAACUAUAUCCUGGAAGUGGAGCUGUUUGACCUCUGGGGCAUUGAUUUCAUGGGCCCAUUUCACCCUUCUUACUCUUUUAAGUAUGGAGUACCUAAAGGAUUGGUGAGCGAUGGCGGUGGUCACUUCUGCAACAGACAGAUGGAGAAGCUACUUCAUAAGUAUGGAGUGAUACAUAAAGUGGCUACACUUUACCAUCCACAGACCAACGGUCAGGCAGAACUUACCAAUAGGGAGUUGAAGAGAAUUUUGGAGAAGAUAGUGGAAGCUACUAGAAAGGAUUGGGCUAAAAAACUGGAAGAUGCACUUUGGGCAUACAGGACAGCAUUCAAGACACCUAUUGGGAAGUCCCCCUUUCAGCUAUUGUAUGGCAAAUCUUGUCACCUCCCUGUAGAGCUUGAACAUAGAGCUUUUAGGGCCACUAAACUUCUCAACCUUGAUUCCCAAGCUGCAGGAGAGAAAAGGCUAUUACAACUAAAUGAGUUGGACGAAUUUAGGCUAGAAGCUUAUGAAAGUGCUAAGAUAUAUAAGGAAAGAGCUAAGAGGUGGCAUGAUAAGAAGAUCAUAAAGAAGGAAUUCAAGCCAGGACAGCAAGUGCUCGUGUACAAUUCAAGACUUAAGAUAUUUCCUGGCUAA